AUAUAUUCAUGUACAGUAGGCUGCAUUAACAAGAUGAAACCACUCAAUAUCGCGGUCUGCCGGUCUUUGGGCUAGUACAGGUGCAAUUCCUUCCACGUUGUGUAGGCUUCUUUUUUAUUUCAUAACCCAAAUUGCAUAGAUGACCUACUAUAGACUAACGGAAUAGUUGGGAACAUGUCAUUACACCUUCCCUUCUUCGCCCCUCUCUUUUCCACAUAUCUCUCACGUACACACACAAUCGGUGGAGUUGAGUCGGCUCGGUUAACAUCACUCGUUGCUAGAUGAGUGUUGGCUUCCACCAUCAGGAAAUGGAGGAAUGAGUGUGUAGCGAGCGACACCGAGGGAGGGGAAACUGACAAGACGUUUACUGCAAGUCCCACACAGAACGUGAGCGAGGUCUCCCAGUUCCAGCGACAACACUUGAAACAAAAAAGAUGAGUGACGAAAAUAGACUUCAAGUUGAACUUUUUGUGAAGGCAGGCAGUGAUGGCCAGAGCAUUGGCAACUGUCCAUUCUCCCAGCGCCUCUUCAUGGUGCUGUGGCUCAAAGGAGUCACUUUCAACGUCACCACCGUGGACAUGAAGAGGAAACCAGAGAUCCUUAAGGACCUGGCCCCUGGUGCUCAGCCCCCCUUCCUGCUCUACGGGACGGAGGUGAAAACCGACACCAACAAGAUAGAAGAGUUCCUGGAGGAGAACCUGUCCCCUCCACAAUACCCCCGCCUGGCUUCCAGGAACCCUGAGUCUAACACAGCCGGCCUAGACGUGUUCUCCAAGUUCUCAGCCUACAUCAAGAAUUCAAACCCCCAGCUCAAUGACAACCUAGAGAAAGGCUUGCUCAAGGCACUGAAUAAGCUAGACAAAUACCUUGGCUCCCCACUUCCUGACGAGAUUGACGAGAAUAGCGCUGAUGAUGUCACUUCCUCCUCCCGUCCCUUCCUGGAUGGGCAGGUCCUCACUCUGGCCGACUGCAACUUGCUUCCCAAGCUGAACAUUGUCAAGGUGGUGUGUCUGAAGUAUCGCACUUUCUCCAUCCCCAAGUCUCUCUCCAACCUGUGGCGGUACCUGGAUGCUGCGUACGCCCACGAGGAGUUCUCCUCUACCUGCCCCAACGACACAGAGAUACACAUCGCCUACUCAGCCGUGGCUAAAGCACUUAAGUAGGAGGACAAGGAGAUCCCAUCAGUCACACACACACCAGCAAAUACACACAUAUCUGAUCAGAUAUCCUAGACACACUCACCAAUGCACUCACACAUACAGGCACUCCCUCAGACACACGCACACCAUUCCAACAGUCUUUCUUGAGAACAGGAAAUCAAUAUCACUGUAAGAUCAAGUUGAACAUUUUUCAUUGGCCUCUUAAGAGUUUGUGAAACUCUCUGAGGCGUAUUUUUAUAUAUUUUUUUAACCUUUAUUUAACCAGGCAAGUCAGUUAGGAACAAAUUCUUAUUUUCAAUGAUGGCCUAGGAACAGUGGGUUAACUGCCUGUUCAGGGGCAGAACGACAGAUUUGUACCUUGUCAGCUCAGGGGUUUGAACUUGCAACCUUCCGGUUACUAGUCCAAUACUCUAACCACUAGGCUACCAUAGUUUAUGGUUCCCUUUUUGUCACGUGGCACAUCCACUCUUAAUACUGUGUAUUCAGGGGCAGUUACACACAGUUAAAGUUGUAUACACGGGCAGUAGGUUACAUAUGGUUGCAUCCAACUGAACGUAUAGUGGUCUGUUCAGUCUCUAUGAUUAAUUCUGCACUGCAUACAUUGCCACAUUACCCCCUAUUAGUUUCCAUCUCUCGGCCAAGCCAUAAAAAAAACUGUUCCUGUUGUGAUCACACACAGAUACGCAUACCUAGACCAGUUUAACUGCUACCUGCAGCUGAAAGAGAGAGGUUAGUUAUAGGCGUGUCUACAAUUAUACAUUAUUACCGACAUAUUAUUACAGUGUUGAUAUAUUGUUCAGGGCAAACAGCCGUUAACAGGGUGGAUGACAUGGUCAGUUUGAACCAGUCAUUUUAUACAUGCUAAAUGGUCAGAAGUUAGGCUCAGGGAACGGGAAAGCAGGUCUUGGGCCAAUUGCAGUACAUUGGGGCACACUAUACAGAGGUGUUUCUCAGCACACAUUUAUCCACACAGAAAACGAUUUCAACAGAUCUCGGCUUCUCCUUUCUCCGGCUUGUAGCUCAAAUCAAAUUGUAUUUGUCACAUGGGCUGAAACCAACAGGUCUGUAGACCUUACAGUGAAAUGCUUACUUUAUACACGCCCUUCACCAACAAUGCAGUUUUAAGAAAAUACCUUUAAAAAAAAGUCAAGAGAAUAAAGUAACAAAUAAUUAAAGAGCGGCAGUAAAAAGAACUAUUGCGAGGCUAUAUACAGGGGGUAAUUCAAAGUGAAGGAUAUUUUUGAUACAUUAAAAGAAAAACUGUGAGAGGCUCAUAUUGCAGAGCAGUUGAGUUACUCCAGACAAAGUAAUAUGGCUAUUUUCGCUGCUUUAUGUGAACUUUAGGUUAUUUAGGAAGUACUUGACUCUGUAUGGCCUUGAGGCACCAAGCCAGUUCAGUCAUGUUUCACUGUAAAUCUGAAGGAAAACUACAGGAUGUAAUGCAGACGUGCACACACCUCCUCGCAUGACUAAACCAUAAACGUCACAUUCAUACAAAUUUGA